AUGUCGACACAAACAAUCACAAAGAAGCGCAAAAGCGCCGACGGCUCUACUACCGCGACGAAGAAGGUCAAGACAACCAAGUCCGCCGACCGUCCAGCACCAGUCAAGUCCGCACUGAAAAAGACGAAGACGGCGAAAAAGGCAGAGACAGAGGCUCCCACCCAGCUCGCAGAAGAUGUUGAAGAGGAGACAGUGAUACCCGAGGCCGGUGCCAACACAGACCUCACGCCCGAUCAGACCGCCGCUCUCCUGGCCGGCUUCUCGAGCGACGAGGAUGAAGCUUCCGACGGCGACUCCGGACUCGCAAUCUCUUCUCUACCCAAAGCGCCCACGACUGGCGCAGUGCAGAAGCGCAUCAACGAAGCCAUCAUGUCCCAAUCCAAGAGCAAGGACGGCACGGAAGAUCCAGAACGAACUCCAGGCGUCAUCUACAUCGGCCGCAUCCCGCACGGUUUCUUCGAGCACCAGAUGCGCGCCUACUUUUCACAGUUCGGCGAGAUCACGAACCUGCGCCUGAUGAGGAAUCGCAAGUCGGGGAAGAGUCAGCAUCACGGGUUCAUCGAGUUCGCUUCCGCUGCGGUAGCGGAUAUUGUGUGUAAGACUAUGGACAAAUAUCUGCUGUUUAACCACAUCUUGCAAGUGAGGAGGGUGCCGCGGGAGCAGGUGAAUGAGAACAUGUGGCGGCAGAGUUCGAGGAGGGCGAGGAACCCGCCCCCGAGGAAUAAGCUGGAAGGGGGUAAAUUGCGGAGAGGUGCGACGAGGGACGUAUGGGAGGCGAGGGUUACGAACGAGGAGAAGAAGCGGCAGGAGAAGGCGGAGAAGCUGAAGGAGAUGGGGUAUGAGUUUGAGAUGCCGGCGUUGAAGGGGGUUGGCGAGGUGCCUGUCAAGCCUAAAGCGAUUGAGGAGGCGAGCGUAACCGAGGACCCGAAUGGUGCAGACGAAGGUGUGGUGGAGAGCGUCUCUGUGGCACAAGAAGGUCCAGAAGAGGUCGUGGAGAAGAAGGUCAGCAAGAAGAGGCCGGCGAGUGGCAAGACUCAGGUCAAAAAGGCAGUCAAGAAGGUGAAGGCAUAG